UGCUACAUUCUUUGCAUACUACUAUUCCAUUAUAUGAGAAGACAAAACGUGGUAGGAAUUCACCAACACCCGGCCAUCCACCAACCACAUAAUGAGACAUACCUUCUAACUCAAAGAGAGACGUUUUUAGAGAGGGAGAGAUAAAUUAAGAGAUAGGAGAGAUAGAGAAGAAAGAAAGGAAAAAAAAAAAAGAAAGAAAAGGAAAUGGAAGCGUUUCCUUACAAAUUCACGCGGGGCAUACGAGCCUACUGGCGCAGGCGCAAGUACCAGAAGUUGGACAAUUCCGGCAGCAGGAAGGCUGCGAAGGUGGCCCGACUCGGCGCGGGAAGGCGGCCCGUGGGCGGGAGCCGGCGGUUCUGGAAGCUGCGGUCGAUCUUCCGGAUACGCGUCAAGAUCGCGUCGCCCGGCCGGCUGCUGGCGCGGCUCCGCGACGCUUACGUCGAUGCCAUGCUGGGGCUGGCGGGGAAGGGCGGCGGCCUGUCGGUCGGCAACGGGCCCGACGCUUUCUGGAGCAGGCGGGUCCCUCGUUCGAAGCCGGUUCGGGACGUGCCGGGCGAAUUCGAGCGGCGGCUCAUCAUCGAGGUUUAUAAGUCGCUCGUGGCCUCCGGCGAGAUCGCGGCGCACUAACUGAAUAGAGAAAGAAACUGGAGAGGCUCCGAGAAGCCGAGGGAAACGCUCCUCCCUCUUUGUAUUGUAUGUACGAUCCAUAAUCUCUUUUUUUUUUUUUCUUUUGUAUUUUGUCAAAAGUUUGCAGGACUACGCUCAAACGAUAAGUAUAGUCCGAAUGUGUGCAAGGAUGACAUAAUAAUAGAAAUAAUAAUAAGAGGCACGCAAAAAAAUUCUCAGUU